CGCCUCUGGUCCUUCUCCUUCCUUCUCCAAUCUAGAUCUCUUUGCGUCUUCCUAAAAACAAAGCGAAAAUGAGAGAGUGCAUUUCGAUCCACAUUGGACAGGCCGGUAUUCAGGUCGGCAAUGCUUGUUGGGAGCUCUACUGCCUUGAGCACGGCAUUCAGCCCGAUGGGCAAAUGCCUGGUGAUCAAACCGUAGGCGGUGGUGAUGAUGCAUUCAACACUUUCUUCAGCGAAACUGGCGCUGGAAAACACGUCCCUCGCGCCGUGUUUGUAGAUCUAGAGCCAACUGUGAUCGAUGAGGUCCGCACUGGCACAUACCGCCAGCUGUUCCACCCCGAACAACUUAUCAGUGGCAAAGAAGAUGCAGCCAACAACUUUGCCAGAGGCCAUUACACCAUUGGCAAAGAAAUUGUCGAUCUUUGCCUUGAUAGGAUUCGCAAGCUGGCGGACAACUGUACCGGGUUGCAGGGAUUCUUGGUCUUCCAUGCUGUGGGUGGUGGUACUGGAUCUGGGCUUGGAUCUCUCUUGCUUGAGAGGCUUUCUGUUGAUUAUGGUAAAAAAUCAAAGCUGGGUUUUACCAUUUACCCUUCGCCUCAGGUUUCAACUGCAGUUGUUGAGCCUUAUAACUCUGUGCUUUCAACUCAUUCUCUUCUUGAGCACACUGAUGUUGCUGUGCUUCUUGACAACGAAGCUAUCUAUGAUAUUUGCCGUAAAUCACUUGAUAUUGAGAGGCCUACUUAUACAAAUCUGAACAGGUUGAUUUCUCAGGUGAUCUCUUCUCUGACUGCUUCUCUGCGGUUUGAUGGAGCUUUGAAUGUUGAUGUGAAUGAGUUCCAGACCAACUUGGUCCCAUACCCGAGGAUUCACUUCAUGCUUUCUUCAUAUGCCCCUGUGAUCUCUGCUGAGAAGGCCUACCAUGAACAACUCUCUGUUGCUGAAAUUACCAACACUGCUUUUGAGCCAUCAUCCAUGAUGGUGAAAUGUGAUCCCCGCCAUGGCAAAUACAUGGCCUGCUGUCUGAUGUACAGGGGUGAUGUUGUUCCCAAAGAUGUGAAUGCUGCUGUUGCCACCAUCAAGACCAAGAGAACUAUUCAGUUUGUGGACUGGUGCCCAACAGGAUUCAAGUGUGGUAUCAACUACCAGCCACCAACUGUGGUGCCUGGUGGUGACCUGGCCAAGGUGCAGAGAGCUGUUUGCAUGAUUUCCAACUCAACCAGCGUUGCUGAGGUCUUCUCAAGAAUUGAUCAUAAGUUUGACUUGAUGUAUGCCAAGCGUGCCUUUGUGCACUGGUAUGUUGGUGAGGGUAUGGAGGAAGGAGAGUUCUCUGAGGCUAGGGAGGACUUGGCUGCUCUGGAGAAGGACUAUGAAGAAGUUGGGGCAGAGUCUGCCGAAGGAGAGGAGGAUGAGAACGACGACUACUAAGAUCUUGAUUGCUGAGAAAACAUUAUGAAGCAAGCCAAUGGUCUCAUUGGUUUUUAAGUGUGUUUACAAGCUUGUUCUGUAUGGCUUGAUUUCGUUGUGCUGUU